UGCAGCCAUACCACAACGAACAUUGUUUAUCUUUUCUUUUUUUUUUGAAAUAAUUAUUUGAAAAGAAAUAGACAGAAGGAAAACGGUCAUAUCUAUAAGUUAUAAUUUUACUAAUGCCUGAUUGUACUAAUUAAUUAUAUUGUAAGGACAUAGUUACAGCUGAAUUGGAAGCUUUUGCAAUUGAAGCCUGAAACAGCCUAAUAUACCAUCAUCUCAUUCCUCAUUUAGUUUCUAUUAUUGACUGUAUCUCAUUUUUUGUUUUGAGAGCUAGUUCUUUUGAUUGUGGUCCUUCUUUUUUGCUGUUAGCUGAAGGGGUAUUAUUUUUUUGUGUUAGUUAAAAGGUUCCUCUUUCGUGAACUUUGAGUUUUUCUUUUUCUUUCUUUUGAGUUGUGUUUUCUUUGGUUUAAUCAUUCUUUCUUUAUGUUUUAGCUGAAAAUUUCGAAGUUUUUAGCUCGUUUACAAUAUUCAUGUUGAGUAAGCUUUAUAUUUUGCUAUCCACUGUGUUUCAAUCUUUUUUCUCAGGGGAUUUUGUUUCUUUUUUGUUGAUUUUUUUUUUUCCCUCUGAAGUCUAUUGAUAAUACUUGGGUUUCAUCGUUGUCAGUUUAUACGUUUUUAUUAUGAAACCUUACGUUGCAUACCCAGACGCUUCUGUAAAACGAUUUCGAACAACACCUGUUCUAUCUAAUUCUUCUGCGAUUCCUAUACUAGCUAAGCAGCAACAAGAGCAGUCGCUCAAACCUGUUAAGCGAAGAACCAAGACUGGCUGCCUUACUUGCCGUCGGAGGAGGAUUAAAUGCGACGAGACAAAGCCAUUCUGUGUUAACUGUUCUAAAUCGAAUCGCAAAUGUGAAGGUUAUCCAAAUCCUUCGACCACUCCUCAAGCAACUGAAAGCUUAUCUCCUCCUAAUGUAAAUAUAAACGCCGCUUUGCUACCACAGCAGCAAGCAUCUUCUUCUAUCACCAAUAUGAAUGCUGCACCUAUAGCAUCUGGAAUCCAUUCCUCUGCGAAUGCGGAUCCUACCUUCAAUACCUCCCAUCAAGAUUUUCUCCCUAAUGAAGUAAAUCAUUCUUCAAUAACUCCGAACCUUACGCACUUUAAUCAACCACCAAAGCAGCAUCCUCAAUCAUUUCCAAUGACUGGGUACUCAAAUCCAAUUCCAUCCGGUUAUCCUCAAUCGAACCACCAAAUGCAAACUCCUGCGCCCGUAUCUUCUGCUUCAUCGAAUCCAUAUAACUACACAACUAUAAAUCCUACAUCGUCUAAUAUCAUGAACUCUACUUAUCCUUCAUCAUCUUUACGCUCUGCUGGUUCCAUCGCUUCUAAUUUAGUCACGAUGCCCUCUCCAAUUUUGGAAGUUUCUCCUUUUUAUUUUCAUUAUGUUGUACCAUCUAUUGUUGUAUUUGAAUUUGAAGAUGCGAUUGCUUUGCAUUUUUGGUUAAAUACUGUGCCCCAGUUAGCUCAAUCUAUACCGUGUAUCAAUUACUCAUUACUUGCAUUUACUGCAGCUAAGCGUUUGGACAACUGUAACGCUUAUUGUUGUAUUGUUAAGGCUUUACGUACUCCUAUACCAAACCCAAAUUCCUUUGAAUCAUUGUUAGCGUAUGCCUUGCUAGCUGUGAGCCAAUUAAGCCUCCCAAACUGCGAUUUUAAUUUUGUUAAUAAUGCUUUCAGGAAGUUGAGUUGGUCUUCUGCUGUUCGAUCUAAUUUUGUAAAUACGUUACUAGCAAUGGUAAUUCGUGAGUCAGUUCUUGCUUUGUUACCGCGUCAAAAUGUAUGGGGGUUUGACGGUCUAUGCAUGUCUGAAGUAUUUAACGUUCGAAACAAUGCGGCAAUUUCAGACACUCUUUUUAGAGAAGGAAUAAAGAUAUUAUCACAACCUUUGGCUCGUGGAAAUGUUCAUCUUGAACGUAUCGUUUCUUGGAGGGACGAAUUCCACGUUCCUCUAUAUUCGAAUUCUUCAACAGUGACAUUCAAGGCUUUAGAUUGUAUUGGUCACGCUUUGACAAGAAACAGUAAUGAUUUACUUGAAGCGCUUCAAAUUCUAGCUCAAGAGGAUUGCUCUAACUCCGCUAUCACUUAUUCUGUUUACCAGUGCUCUAUGUCGUUGCAAAAUCACUUUCCUCGCAUAAGCAAAGAAGCCCAAGUGCUGUUCCAAGUCCAGGGCUAUUACAGCCGUCUUCUGUUUAAUUGCUUUAUGGAAUGUACCGAACCUGAUAGGCCGACACUUAGCAUUAGCAAAUCUUUUGAUUCGAAUGUUAACAACAGUGAGAUUGUACAAUAGGUAUUUACUAAGUAAUAAAUCUGUACAUUUAGAUGUUUUUUUUGACAAUUAGGUUGGAUGAACAAGAAAAUUCGGUUACUAAAGAUUUUGUCCACAUUACCUUAGAAUAAAUUUGAGAUAGAAUAAACUAAUAUAUUAUUGAAUAUUAAUGCUUGUCG